AUGCUCCGCGUUGCCGUUUGGCUGUGUUUGGGGACACUUUUGGCAACUCUCACACUCUGCGCCCAAUCAACCCCGCAAUGUCACCAGAAACCAAGCUCAAAGCCACGUCUAUUCCUUUUGAGUGACAUCGCCAACGAGCCAGAUGAUGCACAAUCGCUCGUGCGACUCCUCCUUUAUUCAAACGAAUUACAGAUUGAAGGCCUCGUUGCUACAACAAGCUUUUGGCUCAAUGAUACCACCCGCCCUGACCAGAUGCGAGGUAUUGUGCAAGGGUACAAGGAGGUGCUUGACAAUUUGAAGACUCACGCUUCGGGAUGGCCGGAGCCAGAGCACCUUUUCUCGCUCAUUGCCUCGGGAUCGACAAUCUACGGCAUGGAAGGGGUAGGAAAUGGCCGUGACAGUGAGGGCUCGGAGAUGCUUGUCAAUGCAGUCGAUGCGUCUGAUGAGCCUUUAUGGGUUCCUCUGUGGGGUGGAGCAAACACUCUCGCCCAGGCACUAUGGCAUGUGAAUGCAACGAGACCGGCAGAUAUUGACUUGUUCGUCUCCAAAUUGCGGGUGUAUUCCAUCUCCGAUCAAGAUAAUGCUGGUCCGUGGAUUCGACGAAAUUGGCCUAAUCUAUUCUAUAUCUCCAGCGUGCAUGCUUUCAAUCGGUAUGGCAAUGCUGCUUGGGGAGGCGACAGUCCUUCUCUGUUAUAUCUUAUCCCCAACGGGCUAUCAGAUCCCGAACAACCCGAAUGGGGUUCAUGGGGAGGCCGGUACGGCCCUGUUGCAUGGGGCGAAGGUCACUUUGCUGACAGCAUUGACACCCUUGUUGAUGACAACGGUAAAACGAUGAUGGGCUCUCAAGUGACAGUCUGGCGCUGGAGAGAGGCCUUCCAAAAUGAUUUCAAAUCGCGGAUGCAGUGGACUAUCAGAUCACACUUUGAACAAGCCAGCCAUGCACCUGUUGCAAUUGUGAACGGCAGUGCUGGUCGUGAGGUGCUCCAAUAUGUUGUGCUUCCUGAGCAAAAUGUGGUCCUUGAUGCAUCCAAGUCAUGUAAUCCAGAUGAUCAUGGUGCACUUUCGUUUAAGUGGUGGCAAUAUCUGGAGCCCAGUUCGAACCUUAACACACCAAAGCGAGAUGUUACCUCUCUAAAUCUGCAGCAGAGCAAUACAGCCACGGUAACGAUCGAAAUUCCAUCGGCUGAGACUCUGAUGAGGGCUGGCAGGGGUGUUCAUGCCGAAGCAGACAAGCACUUACAUAUCAUUCUGGAGGUCUCGAAUGGAGGGCAAAUCGCUUAUCGCCGAGUGAUUCUCACGAUAAAGGGUAACACUUCGAGCGAGAAAACCGAAGGGAGAGAACAAGAGGGUCAUGAUGAACUUUGA